AUUUGUGUCUAAAUUUUGCCUAAAAUGUGUUAUUUUGUAAUUAUGUUGUUUACUUUUUUACAUUUUUUCCCUUUAGUCUUUAAAAUACCAAUAUUUGCCCAUAACUUCUUAUUUUAUGUCUGUUUGAUGUCAUCAUUUAAAAAUAUUAGAUCAGAUGAUACUCAGUACUCAAGUAGCCUUCUAAUCAGAUACUUUUUUUUACCCUUACUUGAGCAAUCCGUAUAUCAGGAAAAUAUUGUCCUCGGUUUGUGUCCUUCCAGUGAGCUUUGCAGAUGUGGGAAAAUGUCAUCAGGCAGUAAUCGUUGUUAAAUUCAUAAUUAUUCUCGGAGAGAGACCAACUCUUAUCUGCCCCUGGGAGCCCCGUAGCAUCAUUUCAACAUGGCGGUGUCCGCGACACGGUUUAUAUGCAGGUAGCGGCGCUGCGGCUGCUUUAUAUAGCGACUCGUUGCGUUCUCCCUCAACCCAAAUCCUCGGAUCACGCAUUUUAGCUAAAACGCUAACGUUAGCUUGCCUUGCGUUGACUGCAGAGAUGUGGGUGAUGGUCACGCAGAUGUGUCAUGAGAUAUGAAGCGUUGCUGCCUUUCACAGACACUUUUUCUGCUCGUGCUGCAAACAGGAUAGCCGUCCGUCUUCUAUAAACUCCCUCGGCAUUCUUCAUAUAUCCAAAAGAUGCCCGUACUUCCGACUUUGUCUUCUUUGAGGGAUAAUAAAUGCCCUCCUGAGCGCUGCCGUCUCCUCCUUUGGCCAUUAUUUCAGCUUUAGCUUCAAGAAAGUUUUGUUGUAAACAAAGCGUGCAUGUGCCGCCGGCAACUUCAGCCGAUGAUACGGUGGCUGGUAAGGGUCACCGCGCCUACACCGCAGCCGCGGUAAUCCACCAAGAUAAUAUAGUUUUUUAAAAAACAAGACGGUUAUUAUUAUUGUCAACUUUUUUUUUACCGGGGUUUACCGCUACACUGGUUACCGUGACAACCCUACCUGAUCGGUUUGCUUUAAUCUAUUUUGAAAAUUCCGAUCAAAACCGAUAGGGGCGCUAUCGGACGAUUACGAUCAAAUGCCGAUCCAUCGGUGCAUCCCUAUUUAUAUCUGCCUGCAUGACUUUCAUGUCUCAGGAAAUCCUCUAACUUUCCUUCAAGAAUGAAAUUAAAUCUGUCUAAAAGACGAAAAACAAGAUCGGCAAAAGAUGGCUACAGCCAAAAAAUUGGCAGAAGAGCUGGAAGAAAUUAAAAAAUCCUUGAACUUUUUGUCUGAAGGAAUUAGCAAGGUUGCUAAACACCACGCUAACCUCAUGGGCCUAAUGGAGGAGCUACAGGAACUGAAGGCCUCAAUCAAACAGAAGGAUCAGAAGAUUGAGAGGAUGGAACAAAGAAUUGAUGAUUUGGAACAAAAUGCUCGAGCAAAUGAUAUACUCAUCACUGGGCUGGCAACUAAGCAUCGCAGUUAUGCAAGAGCUACAGCGGGAGAUCAAGAAGGUGAGGAAGCACCACCUGAAGAGCUACACACACUGGAGGAACAGGUUGUUCAGUUCUUCAGCGUCAAGAAGAUUAACCUAAAUAAAGAGCACAUCUCAGCUUGCUACACUAUUCCAAGAAAGAAUAACAGAAACAAGUCAUCAAUUGUGGUACAGCUUGUAAACAGAAAGCAGAAGAUUGAUAUAUUGAGUCAAUCUAGAAAGCUAAAGGGUUCUGGUGUUUAUGUAAAUGAACACUUGACAAAAAAACUGCUGAAAUAGCCAGAACUGGCCAGAUACUAAUGAAACAAAAGAAAAUUCAAGUGACAUGGGUGAGAAAUGGAAGAGUGUUUGUAAAGCUAAAUGGAUCACCUGAACAAGCAAAAGUGGUUAUGGUUCGAAGCCUCCAGGAGAUGGAGCAAUACAGAUGAAGAAGAUAAAGAACAAAAGCCUAAAAAGAUUACAACGUUGUUUGCUAAAAACUGGACAACAUAUGGUUGCAUAUGGUUACAUUUCCGUUGUUUCUAGUACUCUUUUUUUUAUUCAUAACACUUUGGUUCUGAAGAAGGGGAUACCAUAUUACCAUCAUGAAGAAACAGCUAGCUUGGAAAUGGAGCUGGACAGAAAAAGGAUAUCACACAUUUUCUGGUGUGUGGAAAUGAAUAUAGAGACAAUGCAACAAAAUAAUCUCAUGGAUCAAAAGACUGGAAGACUGAAACAAAGAACAGAAGUCUAUAAAGACAUGAAUCUACAAAGUGCUGGGGUGGAAACAAGGCAUCAAAGUCAUCUAAGAACUACAGCUAAACAUUUACAACGUGAGGAUGAAGCCCCUGAGGAGGACACCACAAGGGAGGAUCAGGUAGCCCAAGUGCUUCAGUGUUAUGAAGAUCAUGUUUUACUGGAAAACCAAUAGUUAAACAUCUAAAAAUGGAAAUGACAAUCAGAAAAUUAAGAAAUGCAGACAAAAUUAAGCCUAAAAGGGUCAAAUGUAUCUGACCAGAAAUUAUUUGGUUUUGAAAAUAAUAUUGAUCCAGAGGUAAAUUUUUACAAUCUAAACAAAUCGAAAUCAGAAUAUUAUUAUGAAGAAGAGUUAAACAAACUUAAAAUAGAAGGACUCUCUAUCAUACAUUUUAACAGCAGAAGUCUCCAUACACAUUUUACUCAAAUUAAAGAUUUGUUAAGGUCACUAAAAUUUAGAUUUCAAAUUAUUGCAAUUAGUGAGACUUGGCUAACAAAUGAAACAGAUUCAUGCCUUGAAUUGGAGGGUUAUAAUAUGUUUAACGUAAAUAGGAAUAAUAAGAAAGGUGGGGGUGUGGCCUUCUAUGUACAGAAGCAUAUUGACUGUAAAGUAAUUGAUAGUACAGUUAUUGAUGACAUUAUGGAGAGUAUAAUAAUAGAAAUCAGUUUCACCAAAAGGAAAAGAAUUAUUUUGAGUUGCAUGUAUAGAACACCAGGUUCUUGUGUUGAAACAUUCAUACAAAAUACUGCUGAUAUAUUGCAAAGGAUUUGUGCUAAGAAACAUGUAUUUGUUUGUGGUGAUUUUAAUAUUGACUUGAUCAAAUGGGAGGAACAUAAGUUAACCUUAGAUUUUUUGAAUAUGAUGUUUAAUUUUGGUCUCUGGCCUAUGAUUGAUAGGCCAAGUAGGAUAACUAAAGAUAGUGCCACAUUAAUUGAUAAUAUAUUUACAAAUGUUUGUGGUCAAUCAACAAGUGGUUUGCUAAUAAAUGAUAUUAGCGACCACCUUCCUGUUUUUACAGUUUCAAAUAUGGACAUUUUUAGACCCCUACAUAAGGAGAAUGAUGAUUCUACUAUAUUGGUGAGAUGGAAGACAGCAGACAGAAUUGAGGCAUUCAAAGCAGAACUUUUGAAUUACAAUUGGGAUCAGGUGUAUGUAGACGAUACAAACCAAGCAUAUGAUACAUUUCUGUCAAUAUUCUUAGAGGUGUAUAAUAAAAAUUGCCCUAUUAUAGAAUAUAAGACAAAGAAAAAUUAUAAAAGAAAGCUGUGGAUGACAGAUGGUCUGUUAAAGGCAUGUAAAAAGAAAAUGGUAUUAUAUGAAAAAUCAUCAAACAUAGGACAAGUGAAAAUGAAGACAAUUACAAAAAAUAUAAGAAUAAAUUAUCUACAGCUAUUAGGAUCAGAAAGAAGCAAUAUUAUGAUGAAAUUUUAGAUAAAAACAGAAACAAUACUCGAAGGACGUGGAAAAUAUUGAAUAAUAUAAUUCAAAAAAGGAUGACAACAUUGGAAUGGCCAAACUACUUUCUAAAUAGUUUAAAUCAUAAAGUAAAUGAUCUAAUAAAUAUAGUGGAAGAAUUUAACAAAUUUUUUGUAAGCGUCGGCCCCUCAUUAGCAAAUGAGAUAGCAGUCCCACCUGAUGCAAAUACAUUUAACAAUCUGAUAAAUAGUAAUAUCAACUCAAUGUUUCUACAUGAGAUAAGUGAGACUGAUGUUGUAAAUACAGUAAAAAAAUGUAAAAACAAAAAAUCCACAGAUGUAAAUGAAAUUGACAUGGGAAUUAUAAAAGAAGUUAUAUUCUCUAUUGUGAGACCAUUGACAUAUAUAUAUAUAUAUAUAUAUAACCUAUCACUACAUAAAGGUCAUUUUCCUAAAAAUCCCAAUAUUUAAAACUGGAAAUAAGCAUUCUAUGGAAAACUAUAGACCAAUAGCAAUUAUUCCACAAUUUUCAAAAAUACUGGAGAAAUUAUUUGUGAACCAGCUUGACGUAUAUAUUACUAAAAAUAAAUUAUUAAGUGACAGUCAAUAUGGAUUUAGAAAAAACAGAACCACUACCUAUGCGAUAAUGCAGAUGGUAGAAGAAAUAGCCCAAGCAAGUGAAAGCGAAGAACUCUCUAUUAGCAUAUUUGUUGAUUUAAAGAAGGCUUUUGACACCAUUGACCACAGGAGAUUAUUGAAAUAGAUGGAAAAUUAUGGCCUACGAGGUAUAGCGAAGUCCUGGAUAGAGAGUUACUUAAAAGACAGACAACAGUAUGUAAAAAUUAAAGAUAUAAAAUCUGGAUUUAGAGAAAUAAGUUGUGGCGUUCCACAAGGUUCAGUAAUAGGUCCUAUAUUAUUUACUUUAUAUAUAAAUGACAUAUGUAACGUGACAGAUUUUUUCAAAUUUAUAAUGUUUGCAGAUGAUACAAAUUGAGUUUGUUCAGGUAAAGAUGUAAAAGAACUUUUAAAGAAGGCCGAAAAAGAGUUAAAUAUCCUCAAAUCUUGGUUUGAUGUAAAUAAACUAUCACUGAAUAUAAAAAAGACUAAAUUUAUGAUUUUUGGAAAUAAGAAGGUAAAAAAUGGGGACUUUAAAUUAACAAUUUCAGAUACUGAAAUUGAAAGAGUGUCUGAAAUAAAAUUUCUUGGUGUUGUGAUUGACUCUAACUUAUCCUGGAAGCAUCAUUUAAAUUACAUAAAAGGAAAAAUUGCCAAAUUUUUGGGUCUAUUAUAUAAGUUGAAGGACAUACUAAACCAUUAGGCCUUACGUCUAAUAUACUGUUCAUUAAUACAACCAUACAUGGCAUAUUGUACAGAAAUAUGGGGUUCAAAUUUUAUAACAUAUAUACAUGAAAUAAAAACUAUACAAAAGAAAUCUAUUCGAGUUAUAAACAAGAGCAAUUAUUAUGCUCAUACUGACCCGUUGUUUUUAAAAUCACAGAUUAUGAAAUUAGAAGAUCUAUAUUAUUAUAAAAUAAUGCAAUUUAUGUUUGGAGUAAAAUUAACGGCUCUGCCAGAAAAUAUACUAAUGUUUUUUUGCAAAGAGGGAAAGUAAAUAUGAUUUAAGAGGUGUAUGUAUGUUUGUUCUACAAAAAGCCAAAAAGGGCAUGAAAAGUAGAUGUAUCUCUGUAAUGGGAGUUAAAUUUUGGAAUGAGGCUAAAAUAGAAUUAAAAUUAGCAACUUCUCUUUCAGUUCUUAAAAAACUUAUCAGUAAAAAUAUUUUUGAAGAGCAUUAAUUUGAUGUUGAUGGAUGGAUUUGUGUUUUAUUUUUAUUUGGGUUGUUGGUUCAUUGCGGGAAGUUUAAAAAUUGUUUUGUAAGUAGGUUAGGCAAUUAUAUAAGCUAUUGCUUCUGCCUAAACCUAUUCAGUCAUGAGAUACCAAAUAGACACCAUAUACAAAUGAAAGCAUAUGUUAGUGAGAAAUGGUAUUUGUAUCUAUUUGUAUGACAUGUUAUUGUACAUUAUCUUAAAGGAGACAUAACAUGAAAAACCCACUUUUUUAUCCGUUAACACAGUGUGUUUCACAUUUUAAGUGUCUAAGUGAGCAAAAAGGCUUAUAUUAUUCACUGGAGUUGCUAUUUAGAUAUUUAAUAAUUAAGUUUUGGGCAUAUUUGUCCACCCGUUCAGUUUUUCAAAUUAUCUAUUACAUCAGUAAUUUAUUUCGUCAGGAUAACUACCAAAUAUGGUAAUGGCCCUCGGCUAAACACAGAGCCAAUCCGCCAUUUUUUUCAUCUCGCUAAGAUUUUUUGUAGUCCUAUUGGAAAAAUGCAGAAUGUCUGGUUAUUUUAACCACACACAGCUCAAAACUGUUCCUCGUUUUAAGGAAGGGUGGUGUGGCAGUAUUUAAACCCAGGAGCUGAUGACAUUACUGCUAAAAAAAAAAACAGAAGAAAAAGUAGUGUGUGUGUGUGUGUGUGUGUGUGUGUGUUUGUGUGUGUGUGUGCGCGCGCGCGCGUGGUUCGUUCGUGUCUCCUGGCUAGUAAGUACCGAGGGCUUCAUCUAUCUAAAAGGAGUCAUUUCCAUCUGAAUGUGGCAGCACCGGGACACAGCAGCAGAGCGUCCACAUCCAGAAGGCUGGAGCCGUGUUUCACUGACAGGCUGUCAGACUAACGCCCUGAUGAGCUCAGCUGGGACAAACUGGUCUGAUGUUUAGGAACACAGAACGCUCAGAUGUUGGAGCUUCAUGUCACCUACUGAGGAAGGAGACCCACCAGUAAAGAGACGGUCUGGACCAGACCAAAAAUAUGGCGAUGACAUCAUGGAACUGGUCUUUGGAAAAGUUUUCCCUGAACCAACUCCGUUUCUAGAUGAGGUAGAGAAGAUCUGCAUCUCACCAACUCUCUGGUCUCAGUAUUCAGACAACGGAGGUCUCCCACUGUUAUCCAGGACCAGUUUGAAGCCCACAUACUUCCCCUCCCUCAUCAUCAGGAAACAUCAGUUCCUAUCCUGAGGACAACAGAAGACGGCAGGAGGACAGAAACUCUGAGACCUAGACACCACCAGCACCGAGACACAAAGCACCUGUGUGCACAACGCCUGUUUAACUACUAAAACCUGUUUAUUAUAUUGUUCUACUUAUUUGCUGUGAGGUUAAUACUUAGAAAAUUUGUAUAUUAAUGUAAACAAUUUAAAAAAUCACUGAUUGUAUGUUUUCUUUUAGAUGUAAUGGUCCAAACUCAGCCUUGUAGACAUUUAUUGCAUCCUGUAGGUAAAUACACAGAACAGGCUCAGAUCCAGGAUGACCCAGCAUGCUCUUCUUCCAUUCUGGCUGUUAGGGAUUGUAUCAAUAACUCAAUGCCUACUGAUGUUUCCACCUAACGGUAUUUAUUUAGAAUGCAGGUAAGAUUUAACUAUAUUUGUUAGCAAAGCAGACUGAUCUUGGGAAUUUCACUGCAGCACUGAUGUCCACCUCUGUGUACACAUUAGAGAGAAUUACCACGUUACAGCUAAAUGCAUAUUUAAUAAAGAUAUAGGCUACACAUUGCAGACAAUAAAAACAAAGUUCUAAGCAUUAGAAUUAUAAUCACAUUAAAGAACAUUUGGAGGAAUGUUCUUUAUUUUUGACUAGAAUCUCAAAUCUUUAAAUUAAAAUGUAACUGCUUUUUAUCCAUUUUCAGCCAUUAAGACACCCAAUAUUAAAUAAGACUACUUAUAAAAUUAUUUAUAAUUAUAUGUUUGUAUAUAUAUAGAUAGAGAGCUUAAUAAAAUAUAUUUUAAUGGUGUUUUAAUGAGCUGUAUCAUUUUUAAAACAUUUUAUAGAAAUAAAUAAGCAAGCAGCAUUCCUUGUGUGUGUGCGCGUGCGCGUGCCUGCUCGCUUGUCCCGUCGGCCGUGACGGAUGUGUGUGUGUGUGCGCGCAGGUGCCUGCUCACUUGUUCCUCCGUCGGCCGUGACGGGUGUGUGUGAGUGACUACAGACAAAUGCAUGAGAGAGUUAGCAGCCUUGAAACAGCAUGAUGAACUACUCUCCCCACAUGUUUUAAAAAUGCUAAUAUGCUAUGCUACAUCUGCUAUGCUAAAUAAUGAUUUCUCUAUAGAACUACAAAGUCCGGCUGGGGGAGGAGAGUACAGGUCUGCACUAUGGAGGGGGGCGGAGUUUACAGCUCCUCCUCCAGUUUAAAGAGACAGUACCCAAAAACGGCUCGUUCUCAAGACUCUCCUCAGAACAGGGGUAGAUGAGGGUCUGUAGAGCAACAAUAAUGAGGAAAUCAGACCAAAGAACUGCAGUUCCACUGUAGUUAGACCCCCAACUGAAGGAUUUAGAUGUAAAAAGGAAUAACUUAAAAGCAUGUUAUGUCUCCUUUAAGAUGACUGACUGAAUAAAUUGAUCAUUCAGUCAUUCAUUCAUUCAUUAUUUGUUGUAAAAAUUAUGACGUACCAUUUCUAUAUUCUCUAGAUCCUGGAGCCAAAACCAUAAUUACUUAUUUUGUCUUUUCUGAAAAUAACAAUUGCAACAAUCUGAUCCUUAACCUGUAAAACUUAUUUUCUUUUAUUAGUUGGUGUCUCUCUUAAACAUAGCUGGUGUUAUUUUGGGUUAGCUGCUGCCAUCUAGUGGUGUAUAUAUAUUAUUGCAGUCUUUAAUUCUAGUGAGCUCUUAGCUUGAUGCAUCAAGUUGAGGCUUUUUUAAAUAACAUAUUGAAAAUACAUUUAGCUCGAAUUUGAGACAGUAGAUUUAAAUCAAAGAGGAAGUUUUGGAAUGGUCCGUCUCUUCGUAUUUCACUAAAUUGUUACCAUAAAAAGUUACAGCAGAGGUUGGCAUUUAUUCAGACAUUAGAUUCAUUUUGAAUCUGCUAUGUGAGCUAUACGUAUUCAAUUCUUUUAGUUCCUAAAAUAAGUUCAGUUCAAAGCAGAUUAGGUUCCCAGUUGGCCCACAUCUCCUUCACCUCACAAGCUCCUUAUCCCAACAGACGUUCUCAGUUCAGAGAGAAAACCGAGAACGUGGCAGUGUGACGGGGAGACAGGCCUACAAUGGGAAAAGGAAAGAAGAGAAUCUAAUCACAAACUGGGGGAAAAAAGACUCAUUUGUGUCUCGUUGGCUUAGAAAGAUUGGAUUUUGAAAAAUCUAUUCUAAAAGAUUUCAGACUAAUUGCGACAAUUGUGUCAAUUGACUCUUGAAUAGUGUGAUUUUGUCUAGCAAAGCAAACACCUAACAUCUAAAGCAGCUGAAUUUUUGAUAAAUUUAAAAGUGUUUGCUAAGUUAGGAGGGUAUGGGAGUUGGUCCAACUCGUCGACAUGUGUUUAGUGGCUCUAGGACCAUUAGGGAACCUGUGGGGACACUCAGGGGUGGAUGGGCUCUGUUGAGGGCAAGAACGGGAUCAGACAAGUGUCGUUACACCCUGCAUCCUGCUUCUGUUCCUACUCCAACUAUACUGUACUAAAAUCCAACACCAUAAUUUCAGGAGUAGCUUGUCAGCAUAAGAUGUGUUUGUGAGCUAAACACAUCAUUCAUUGUCUUUGAUCUGGAUAGGGAGGCAAUUUAUACCAGCAUCCUCUUGAUAGAAUGUGUUACCUGCAACUAUCCACUGUAGUGAACACCUCCAUUAUUUCAGAAGUAUUAAGUUCUCAUAAGAGGUAUUUGUAAACUAAAAAGUAAGACUUUUUUUUAUAAAUAUGUGUCUAUCAUUUGGAUUGGGGAACAGAUUCCUGAAGGUUCAGGCUGAUGGAAUUAGCUCUUCCCCUGUAAUGCUAUACAGAGCUAACAUCUAAAAUGCUGUAAACAACGAACACUUUCAUCAGUCAAUAAAAUGUUUUAUAGCACCUCUCAAGAUAAAAAUCACAAGAACAAUACAAAUAAAAAUGAAAUGACUAAAUAAGAUCUGAAUAAAAAGGUAAACACAUGAACCCCCCAAAAUACAGAAAUGACAGAAACACUGAAGCAGUGAGGAAGAUGAGGAUAAAUAAGACACCAGCUUGAACAGAUUAGCUUUCAGCUGCAACAUUUGACAACAAAAAUAGUAUUAAAAUGAAAAUAUUCUGAAUUAAAUCUACAUUCAUAACGUUAAAUCAAAAUUUCAGAAUGUAAAUAGGACAGGUUUCAAAAACGGAGGCAGCCUAUAAAAGCAAGGUGAAAAGAUCUAACAUGUCAGAUAGUUUUAUCUACACUCGAAAACUUGAUUCUUGGCUCCAGUAAACACCCGGUAAACUUUUAUGUAAGAUUAAACUAAGAUGUAUAAAAGCACAUCUCAUUUUAGGACUUUUAAAGAAUUUGCUAGAAGUCAGCAAAUCCCCAGCGUGUCACUUGUGAUCAUUUUGGUCUGAAGAAGGAAAAAGAAGGAAACUGCAUGCAUGCACACAGAAAGAUUCUUGGCCCUAUCACUGACAAAAAUUUAAUGUAAGGUUUCACUAACAUUUGUAAAACCCCAAAUGUUAUUGACUAACUCAUUCACUGCCACUGAUGGCAAAAAUCAACAUUUGCAUUUUUUUUUACUGUGUGGGCGUUGGAACAAGCCUCCGCACCGUGAGAACAAACAACCCAGCUCUAGAGCUGAUCUUUAUCCACGUACGCCACACGUCACGUGAUCAGGAAGCAGAAAACCCAUGUGUUAGGAGAUCGUUUUGGGCUGCUGCUGUAUAAAAAGUGAGGCGCAAACCGGAAAAGCUUCUGCCAAUCACAAUUCCACAACGGGUUAUGAAAGAAUGCAUAAUGCUCAAAUCACGCGGAGUCUUCCUGAUGUAAGAGGUGAGUCUAGUUUUUGUUUCGGUUGUUUUGGCGUUGACAUCAUCGCAACAUUCUGACUCUUCAAAAAAACAGUGAAAAUGCUGAAAAAUGCUGGCAGCAAAGGGCUUUUCUGAUCAGGACACGGCUGGCAGUUAAUGAGUUAAAAUAGAUCAACAAAUAAACAUAAACAAAAUAACGGAUUACUUUGAAAGUGGACAUUUUAACGACUUUAUGUGAUGAAAUGACAUGGGAAAUGUACUUGUAAUUUGUUUACUUUUUUUGGUCAACUCCUUUUUUUCAGUGUAUUGAUGUUUAACAGUGUGCAGAAAUAACAUAUCACACGAUCUGAUCAUCUCUGAGACCAGACCUCUUCUGUUUUUAUACAUGUAAGCUAUUUCAAUAUUACUAGUUACAAAUAACUAAUUAUUUAACAGGAAAUACCACAUUUAUAUUUUAAAAAAUAAGUAUUUUUUAUUUUAAGUUUAACUGAUUUAAUCCAUAAGUAUUCUUGCUAUAUUAUUCAGAUUUGAUCUCUAAACGUUUAAAAUUAAAAUGGCUGCACCCUGAAACGAGUUUAAUUGGUUUGUGGAAACGGGGACGUUAAAAAGCUAAAUGUUUCCGAAUUUAUGUUAAAGUAUUAUUUUACAAUGGGUGCUCGAUGCAGUUUGAAUCAAACCCAUUUUAAAGGCCUGUAAUGGCAGGGAUGUGUUGUGAGGUAGUGCGCUCUCCCCUAACAGCCACUUUACGCACGGCUGGGUCUCCACCUCCCCAGUGCACGCACAUGUGAUCCACCUGCAGGCGGACCGGUUGCUGGAGACGCAGCAGACCACUGGCUCCGCUCCACGCCCGUAUGCUCGGAGCUUUCACCUUCUCCAAAAUAUGUGGCUGCUUUGCCCCCCAGGCUGUGAUUUACCAUGGAGUGACUUACAUUACGCGCCAUGAACGCCUCAUGGGGUUUCCUCGCGGUUCUGAGUCUGGUGUGCCACUCCGAGUCGAGGUGCUCACCGACCACUUAUUACAAGAACUGCUGGAUCCGUCGGUUUCCAGGGAUUUUCAUCAACAUUGAGGAAUCUCAGAGGAGAGGAGCUCAGCUUCUGAGGUCCUAUCAGGAGGAGACUGCGCUGAAAUGCAGCCGCACCUGUUGCCUCUCGAGAAACUUUUCCUGUAAUCUGGCUAUAUUUCAUUAUGAUACCUUUCAAGAGAAUGCGAACUGCUUCCACCUCCACUGUCCCACACUGGAGAGCUGCAUCCUGAGCCACAGAGGCAACGUUGUUCUCUACAACAUCACCAACGGUGUGGAUCCAGAUCUGUUGGUGUUCGGGAAAUACUUCACGUCUAACGUCCGAGUGUUGCCCAGCCACUACGGCCGAGUGAAUGCCUCCGAUCCGCUGCAGUCGGACAAGAGGCAGUUCAUCCACCCGCCUCCACCCGACAAGCCGCCUCUCACCUCAACACGCCCGGUUAGGCGUUCGACUCCAGCGGGUGAUGAGCCCACCACCACCACCACGCCACAGCAGAGCACCCGUCAGCUCUCAUCAGCUUCUUUAACGACUUCUUCCUCUGAAAAUCCAUCACCGACUCCAGCAACUGAUGCUGAUGUACAAACAGACCCGCCUUCCGCUUCCUCAUCCACAGAGUCGGACUUCACCACACCUUCCUUCAACGCCGAUGCUUCUGUUGGUCAACACGACACAGAGACGACUCCUGACCCUUUCACCCUGAAACCCCUGUCAGACGUCCGCACACAACCCCCCAGCAGCACGGAGAGCAGCCUUGCGUGGAACCAGACUGACUUGAGUGAUGGAAGUCAGGGAGUCAACCCAGGGAACACCGGAACAGAGCUGGGACCCGGGUGGCACAUAGCCGCCCACACCAUUCUGGUGGUGGUGGCCAUCUGUGUCACGGUCCUGCUGAGCUGCUGCUGUUCCAUCCUACUGGUGGCCACCUGGAGGGGUCAGAGGAAGAGGAUGGGACGCUAUCGAACAUCAUGGAGGGGGAAGAAGGGCUCCAUGCGCCUGAUAAAGUACGCGCUGGUCAGAGAGAACUCCUGA